UACAUUAUUAUUAAUAUUAUAUAUUUAUAAAAAUGCUACUAAAUAUUUUAUGUUUUAUGAUUGUACUGAAAAAUAGUUGAUAACCAUCAUGAUGUGAAUGUUCAAUCAGAUAAUUUGAGAGACUAGCUAUUUAAAGCCACGCGACAUAUUCACACAGAUAUAUUCAAUUACAUUCGUUCGUUUUAAAUAACAGCUAAGUAAAAUCUUGGUGUGUGCAAAAUAAAGAAAAAGAUCAAGAAAUAGAUAUUGUGCGAAUAUUUGAUUUGAAAGAAAUGGUAAAAGUGAAUAAAAUUCGAUGAUAAAUAUUUUCUAUCUUAUAACAUUAAAUUUAUAUAUAAUAUAUAUAUAUCAACACCAUGGCUGCAACAAUAAUUGCCCUAGCAGUUUCUACACUGUACAUUAUACUUACAACUCUCAUAGCUUAUUGGAUGAGAAGAUAUACUGACUAUUAUAUACAUGAUCCGUUCGUAAGAUCCCUAUUUUUAGAAGGCAUUGCUACCGGUGAACUUUGUGGAGCAUGUUUCGAAUUGAUAAUAAUUGCGGACAACUGGGGUGUUUCUAUGUAUGGCGUAUAUUUAUUUGUACUGACGAUUUGGUGGUCCCUAAAUUGGGGUGACGCUACCGCUUGUCCAUAUACACACAUCGAAGAAGUUGUCGAAGGAACGAAAUCGGUACGCGAUGCUUUCCUUUUAAUAUGGGCCGAACUUGUAGGUGGUCUUGCCGUUUUUAGAUACAUCCAAUUGCUUUGGGCGCUUGAAAUCGUUUCGACGCAUAAAAACAAAGCAUUUGAAGAUUGUACUACUGAUUUACAAGUA